GUUGCAGUUAUGUUCAUUUUCUAAACCCUCGUUGUUAGGUGUUUUAAUUGUACAUCUGCCUGCACAACUGACUGCAAAUCAUUUGGCACUUUGAUGCUUGUUUACUCGCGGAACUGUUACUCAAUUUCGCAGCGUAUAAUGAAUACGCUUACUAAUCGUUAUAUAGUAUACUGUAUAUCUGACUUAUGCAGAUGUUCUAAUUAAUCACUACUAACUUUUCUGUUCUGCUGACUGACCAUUAGAGUGAUUUUUUUUAUUUUGAUUACACAUAUAUAUGCAGUAUACGUGCUACCAAAUUUUACGAAUUCUGCCGGCAUUUCGUUGCAAAAUCUUCGGAAGUAACAGCCGCUAUGCAGUGACUGCAAUCGGUUAUCGGUGAUAUCCCGGGAUGCUACAGUUGUGUCGAAUCUCUGCUGAUUACAGUUAACUUGCACUGGAUUCUUAUAUUCAUCAUUAUUUUGGAUGGUGGUCUACUUCAUCAUUUUCCUUAUUAGUGGAUUAUUUUGACUGGGAUAUAAUUCACCGCCAUGAGGAAUCUUAUAUUAAAUUGUUUUUCGUUGAUUUUAUCUUGUUUUAUCUGUUUGUUGCGAUUAAUCUCUGCCGAUAUAUUAAAGGAAGGAUUAUGUGCUCCGCCGCAUAAACUGUUUAUUACGGGCGAUAUUCAGAAAUGUUCCAAUGAUCUCGAUUGUCCUUAUGACCUCAAAUGCUGCGAAUCGAAGAGUCGCAUCAAAGUUUGCUCACCACCGCAGCCAGCAUUUACCGCCUGUCAACACCAAAAAACAGCGGUGGUGGAAAUCGCUCGCAGUAUAGAUGGAGCCGCUGGUUUCCAGCCGGAAUGCGACGAGCGAACCGGCGGAUUUACUCCCAUCCAGUGCAGUGAAAAUAAGAAUCGCUGCUGGUGUGUCGAUGAGGCCGGAUUCGAAAUUCCCGGAACAAGAGCCGCACUGGGCACACCCAUUAACUGUUCCGCUCCGCGUGCCUGUCCGCAUCCCGAAUGCCGAAUGCUGUGCCCGCAGUCGUUCCAAAUGGACAAAGACGGAUGUCCAGUGUGCUCGUGCUACGACGCGUGCGAAGACAUCAAAUGUCCAAGGAGUACGCGCUGUAUCACUGAAGAUGUCAGAUGUGUAACCGAUCCAUGUCCUCCUAUUAGCAAAUGUGCGGCUCGCGCCGUCGACGAUGUGGACUGUCCGAACGGUCUUCCGGCGCUGGUUGAUAGCAACAGAAAAGACUACUUCCUGUGCAGCCUAUUGGAUACUAUCAAAACAUCCAAAUGUCCAGCUGGCUUUGAUUGCCACGUUCGUCCUAACAAAGAGUUCGGUGUCUGUUGCCCGCAGACGCCGCAGAACAUUCUCAAGCCGGGGCAGUGUCCGCCUCUUCAGCGCGCUAACGACAACAGUUGUGUGGUUGAGUGCCAAGUCGAUCAAGAUUGUUACGAUGAUGCCAAGUGCUGUUCGGAUAACUGCACGUCGCUUUGUUUAGCACCGUUGACCAUAACCCCCUGUCAAGCACAGCGGAGAGGUUCAGAGAAAGUUCCCGGUGUCUUCGUACCGCACUGCGACCCCAAUGGUCAAUAUGCCGGCGUCCAGUGCUUCGGCAGUAAAUGCUGGUGCGUCGAUGCGGUGACGGGGGUGGAGAAAUUCGGCACGAGACGGCUGGAUGGCUCUCGACCGAACUGCUCGGCUCCAACAUCUUGCGGGGAAAUGAAAUGUGAUCUGCAGUGCUCACACGGCUACCAAUUUGAUGCCGAUGGUUGUCCGAUUUGCGCUUGCCACUUACCAUGCGAAGAAAUGGGCUGUCCAAAUGGAUGUAAUCUUCUUGAGCUUGAUUGCGGUGAAGCGUCCUGUCCAACGAUUGCAACAUGUAAAGAAGGCCGUAAUAUUGACCAUCCGUGCAUUUACGGCUCGCCGGCGCGUGACAACCGAACGCAGGAUUACAUGAUUUGCGGUGACACAGCUGAUGCGACGCAGUGCCCGGAUCAUACCAAAUGUGAACCGAUGGAUGCGGAAGGACACGGUGUCUGCUGUCCGCUACCAGGUACUCCAUCGAAACCGGCAAAGACGACAAACCACGAGCUGCAAUUAACGAAACCAGUUGAUCACCUCGGAAAGUGCCCUGCGGUGACCUCCAAUCCUAACGGUCCACAACAGUGCGGAAAUGUAUGCAGCAAGGAUCGGGAAUGUUCGGACACGGAGAAAUGCUGUGAAAGCGCUUGCGGAUUGACAUGCAUGGCCGCCAUUACCAAAACAGCUUGUCAAGUGCAUGCCGAAUUGUUUGGGAAGCUGGCCGCAACAUCGCCACGGCUGCCCGUACCGCGUUGUGAUGCCAAAGGCAGCUAUGAAGAACAACAAUGUUUUAAUGGAUUAUGCUGGUGUGUUGAUAACCUUGGCCGUGAACAGCCUGGCACAAGAACGAAGGAAGGCCGGCCGCUGGACUGCGCAAAGCCCCGAGAAUGCAAUCCACAGUGCCGCAUAUUUUGCCCGUAUGAUUUAGCACUGGACGAGGAAACCGGUUGUCCGGUUUGUGAUUGCGCCAAUCCUUGCGGAAAUAUCAACUGUCCUACUGGAAGUGAAUGUAAACUUGUAACGACAACUUGCGCUAAAGAUCCAUGCCCAAAUCUUCCACAGUGUGCGGAGAAAAAAGUGUCAAAUGCUAGUAUCGCCACGAAUCCAUGCUCCUUCGGAAGUGCACUGGAAGACGAGCGCACUCGCAGUCUCAUAAUGUGUGGCCCCAAAUCAGCACAGCCCAACUGUCCCGUUACGCACGAGUGUGUUUUGGAUCCUGCGCAAUCCGAGCAUGGUGUGUGCUGUCAGCGCGAAACCGUGGACGUGUGCAGUUUUCCUAAGGAUUCUGGACCAUGUCGAGCGGCAUUCCCACGCUGGUAUUAUGACAAUAAGCUGGGAGAGUGCAAGGAGUUUCUGUACGGUGGAUGUGAGGGGAACGUGAAUAAUUUCCAUAGCAAAGAAUUGUGCGAUUCCUUAUGCAAAGGGCCGGUUGUAAAGAAGCCUGGACACUGUCCAGUGCCGGCCAUGGAUGGCCGCGGCAGUUGCCAACAAGAAUGUGAAUCGGAUGGCGACUGCCCGGGAUUAUCGAAAUGCUGUUCCAACGGUUGCGGACGCACCUGCACUGAAGGAGCUUACCAAACAGUGUGCGAUCAGCAAAAAUCAUUGUACACUCGAAUGUCUCAAUUUGCCAAGCCGGAUUCAGUUGGCAGACUCUUUAUUCCCCAGUGUCUUCCGGGUGGGGCUUUUGAACCGCAACAAUGCGAUAAUCGUAAGGAAAUGUGCUGGUGUGUUGAUGAUCGGGGACAGGAAAUCGACGGAACACGGAGAAAGUUUGCCGAGAAUGUCACCUGCGCCAUGUUGGAUGAACAUGCAUGUGACCAAACACUGAUGUGCCGAAUGGAUUGUCCUUUUGGUUUUGUACGUAAUGCGACUGAUGGAUGUCCUGAAUGCGAAUGCGAAGACAAAUGCGAUAUGUACGAAUGCCCGCCUCUUCACGAGUGCAAAGUGAUGGAGCUUCCCUCUUUACAUGGCAUCGUUUCGCGGGUUCCAGUGUGCGCUCCCUUACCCACACCAGUGCAGACAUGUCCGUUUGGUGAACCACUUCGGUCAGCUAAUUCCAAUCAGCCCCGUGAAUGCGUCAGCGACAGCGCUUGUCCCAGUGCAUAUACGUGCUCCAAAGCCACCGGAAACCGUGCUGGAGUGUGUUGCUCUAAAGAAUCCACCGUCUGUCUGUUACCUUUGGAAACCGGUCCAUGCCGCGGCACCAUUCCGCGCUGGGGCUACGAUCCUGUCCAACGGGCAUGUAAAACAUUUUUGUAUGGCGGCUGUCAGAGCAACGGUAACAACUUUGCCACGACGGAGGAGUGCGAGAAGAUCUGCAGUGUCGGCACAACGGACACCGUCACCGAUUCUCCAACCGCCACCGGUCAUACCAAGAAACAGCUCUCUCACACCCACGCACCAGCGGAAGAACGAAUGGAUACGGAUUUCUGUCUGGUGGGAAAACCGCUGGCUCCGACCGCUGUAUCGCUCUCUGACAGUUCGACGGAGUUGUGUGGUGGAAACGCUGGAUGCCCUCUUAGUCAUGUGUGCACGAACCAUUCCGGAACCACUAUGUGUUGCCCGAAAACAUCGGAUGAAUGUUUCUUACCUGUCGUCCGCGGAACAUGUACUUCGUCCAUUCUGCGUUAUUACUUCGAUCAAAAAAGCAAGAAUUGCCUACAGUUUACGUAUUCCGGUUGUGACGCCAAUGGAAAUAAUUUUGCAUCCGAAACUCAGUGUCGUGACUUGUGCCCAGUAAUGUCCACGUGUGAAAAUGAACGGCUGACCGCAGUUGAACGACAGACAGUCAGUCGUGUCCCGGUGUUUAUCCCGGAUUGUGACGAGUACGAUGGUUCAUGGUUGCCGGUACAAUGUCAGCCAGCGCUGGGAUUGUGUUGGUGUGUGGAUCAUGAUGGAAAGGCCGACAUGUCCACAGCCGUACGGGGCUAUCCUGAUUGCAACAGAAACGUGAUAGCUUCCAAUGUCUCCGCGGAAAUUUGCUCAGAGAACGAGCCAGUACAGUUCUGUGAUCCUCAGAUGUGCCAUCACCAAAUUUGUCUGGGAAAUCCGAAAGCUCAGUGUAAAGUCAGUCCAUGCGGAGCAUGCAGAAUUGAUUUCUACGGCGGAAAUAACGAAAAAGUCGACUGUUUCGAAGGACUCACCGAAUGUCAGAAAGAUUUUCUCUCUGCGAUGUACUCACCGAACUUUGCUAAACUCAAAAUACCUCCUCCCCUGAUGGCUCCCGGAACGAAAUCAAGCGCUGAUGGAUCGAAAAUCGUUCAUAUCGUACCGCCCGGUAAUGUCACAUCCGAUAAGGCCGGUUUCUGCCCACCAUAUUUCGCGAUGCCCCACGAAGGUUGUGCCAUUGAAUGCCACGGGGAUUCACAGUGCCAGGGUGAUGCCAAGUGCUGUUUUGCCGGGUGUGGAUACACGUGCGUCCCGGCCAUCCCAGUGGCGACCACGAAACCCGGCCAGUGCCCUUUCCAGCAUGCCGGCGACGUAGUAGGCCUCUCGCCGGCUUCACCGCAGGAUGUACGGACUUGCACUAAAGCAUGCGUUAGCGAUCUGGAAUGUCCGGGAAACAGCAAAUGUUGCUCUCAGAACAGUUGUGACUUGGUCUGCACAGAACCAGUUGUGGAACAUGUAUUGAUGCCGGUGUAUCUGCCAACGUGCAACAUCAAAGGCGACUACGAAUGGACACAGUGCAGUGGUGAGGUUUGCUGGUGUGUGGAUGAAAAGGGCAGUGUCAAACCGGAAACCGUUGUUCGCGGACAAAUUCAGUGUAAUUCAAACGGAAUUAUUGCUGGCGCCCACCGACCGCUGUGUCCAGCUGGCCAGCCGCCCAAGGUAUGCCAAGAUGCCUGCCGCAAUGCCACUUGUCCAAACCGUCCCGACGCUUUCUGUGCUGCUGAUCCGUGCAACGAAUGUGCGGUGACCUUUGUGGAUUCCGUUGGUAAAAGCGUGGACUGUCAAGAUACCUGCAGCCAAAAAGUCCAAACAGGAUCAUGCAACGGAAGCCUGGAGCGGUUCCAUUUCAACAUGUUUACCCAAGAAUGUCAUUCUUUCAAUUAUUCAGGCUGUGAUGGUAAUGACAACAACUUUGUUAACCUGGAUGAAUGCAGAGAAAGAUGCUUACCGGAAGAUAUAUGCAUGCAAGAUAUGAGCGUUGGACCGUGUCGUGCUUUAAUUGACCGCUGGUUCUAUAACAAAAAUACCCAUCAGUGUGAGCAAUUUGGUUAUGGAGGAUGUCACGGCAAUGGCAACAACUUCCAUACUAAAGAAGCAUGCGAAUCAAGAUGCCCACAAUUACUGGUUUGUCCAAAAUUAUCAUCUGGCGUCGGUGUGAAAACCUGCAAUCGCACCGGACUGUGCGAAAAUGCCAAAUGUGCGCACCCACUGGCGCAGUGCCGUGUUAAUCCAUGCACAUGUCAGGCCGAAUUUGUCGACAAAUGGGGCCGCGAAUUGCGAUGCGAUGCACUGCCAACGAAAUGCCAGCACGAAUCGAUGGAGCGCUCCGUUAUGGCCGAUAUUUAUCAUCCUCAGUGUCAUGACAAUGGCAAAUACCGACCGCUUCAGUGCUUUGCUGAUCAUUUCUCCGAAAAAUGUUGGUGCGUUGAUGAAUCCGGAAAUGCCCUGGACGAGAGCAAAUUCUCCCGUGGAGAACGCGAUUGUGCACCUGUUGAAAUCGCAGCAGUACGAGUGCUGAUGCGAUUCGCUCCAAAUGUGGACAAACCGGAAAUGACGGAGGAGUUCAUUAAGGCGACGAUGACCCAAAUGCUCAAUGACCUUUCUCAUCAAAAUAUUGUGGACAACAUGUUGUUAACCACAGCACAGCACCACAUCGCCUUGUCCAUGCUUUUACGCGGAGAUCGCUCGGCGGAUGUUGCAUACUUUUUCUCUAAAAUGCUAAACCGCAGUACGUCCGCGGCCGACUUACAGCUGCUGCAGUUCCAUACGGAAUUUGAAUACACAAAUAGAAAUGACCUGGUGCCAAAUCGAGCGUUAUUGCCAAUUCAUCAGCCCGACGGUUCCACCAAUGUUCCAGUGGUGCAAGCUCAUGAUCCCGAUCUUCUUCCGUUAUUGGCACUCCUGGUGCUUGCAGUUAUUCUGGCAGCACUUAUCGGCAUUUUUAUGUACCGAAGAAGACGGACCGGUAGUUACACAAACGAACAAACGAUUUCGGAACCAAUUGUGAAAACUUUACCAAACGAUUACGUCACACAUUCCACAGUGACUUCCGGCCGUUCUUUGGAUCACAUAUACGAACUGCCGAAAUCGAACAAUUUAGAUAUUGCAAAGUCCAAUUCGUGAUUUUAUUGCCGAUUUCUAGCGAUUUUUGUUCGCUUUUUUUGCCCAAAGACUAUGUAUGACCUUUCAGAUAUGGUGUUCCUGUUGAAUGUUACUUUUUCUUGAGUCUUAUUAAUCAAAUUACUCUUUGAACCUUUUAAUGCUCCUCAGAUUUAAAAUAAAAAU